AUGUAUACUUCGAACCCUCCGGUUCAGCCUGAGGUCGACGAGCAAAAUUACAAGAACUCUCUUCGCGCCGCGGCGCUCUCUAUGGCCAAGGACAUGUAUAAAGCCCCUGGCGAUAAGGAAGAGACGGGUGGAGUGGAUCCCGCCGUCCUGGCAGCCCAGAAGGGGCAUAGUCAGCUGGGCUACCGCAAGACUGUGUCUGGUACGGAUGGGUCUGCCCUUCGAAGCGCAAUCGCUUUACAGGAGGCUGCGCAAAAGCGAGCUGCCGAGAAGCUUGCGCGCAUGCAAGAUGAGAAUGCCGAUUAUAAGGAAUACUACGGCACCGCUCCUCAGCCGACACGAUCCCGUCUGACUACUCGUCGUAAGAGAACUUCAAGUGACGCAGAUGCCUCUCAGAUUGACGCAGAGCAGUCGAGGCAUAUUCGUAACCAGAUGUUCAGCCUGCGGACCAAGAUGAAUGAAGUGGACACGCGCAGAACCAAGGAUCGUGAGUUGCUCAUGCAAGCUGCUCGCCGCAACGUGGAUGCGACCCUCCAGGAUAUGGAGACAAGGUUCUACGCCAAGACUGGCCGAGCUCCGCCUUCGGUGCAGAAGGGCUGGGAUGAGGUCGCCCAGCAGCGGGUCCGACAGGAGGCUGAGGCCUCCGAACUAGCUGCCGCUCAAGGUGAUCGCGUCAACAUCGGCGGUCAACAUUACAUGGAGAUGGCCGAUAUUGAAGCUGUUGCUCGUAAUCGCCUCCAGCCCGCGCUCGAUGAGAUCACUGAUAAUGCCGAACAGCGUAGGGCCCAUGAUGUAGAGGUCCGACUUGAUGCUGAGGAAAAGCAAAGACGCGCGGCUAUUGAACGCCAACGUGAAGCUGAAGUCCGUGAACUGGAGAAGCAACAGAAGAGUACAAACAAGCGUGAACACAAGUCCGAGGGCAAAGUUUCGAUCCCUAAAUUCUUCCUCUGGAGGAAGAAGGGCAAGCGAGCUCGUGUGGAAGAGUCUGAGACUGAGCAGGCUCAGCCUGUCUCGCCUGUUGCUCAGGACAAUGUGGCUGUGGAAGAGCCGGCACCAAGUGUGGCCCCGGAUAACGAUGUUUCGAAAGAUACCAUUCCCGAGGAGGCCUCUGCUGAGCCUGAGGUUGCUGUGUCUGAUCCCCAGGCCACUGCUGUUGCCGCUGAGCCUGAGGAGCUCACUAAUGAGCCCGAGGUAGCUGCUGCUGAGCCUGAGCAGGCCAUCAAUGAGCCCGAAGCGGCUGCUGCUACAGGCGCUCUAGCUGCUGCUGCCCCCUCGGUCUCAGCAGCCUCAGCAACGGAGGCUGAUCGGACCACCGGGGAUAUUCCACCCGCCGUGCCCAGACGUCAAUCCGCACUUCAAUCUGAGCCGCACGAUGCCGCUGCUAGUACUUCGGGUCCAACAAUGAUCCACUACUUCGAGCGUCCAGUCUCAAGCCCCCGCUCCGACUCCAAGCUUAAGACUUGGUUCCGUGAUCGUCUCGUCCACCGUUCCAGCGGGCCGGUCCCCGUUUAUCCCCAUCAGCCAGGGCCGGACUUCAACACGGACAGCGAACCCGCUUUUCAAGGCGGCGCUGCCCUGACCGGCCGUGACGAGAGUCGGACCGCGGCUCUCGGCUCGCACCCUAUUUCUGGGUCGGACUCCAUCCCAGUCCACAACCGCUCUUCCAGCUACUACGCUAACGACUACGACGUGACCAAGACCGGAACGCAGGAAUCUUCCCCGGAAUCGAUCACCCAGAAUGGCAAUGAGAAGAAGCCGGGUCGUCUCCGCAGGACCUUCCUCAAGUCUGUUUCGCGAAGCUCUGAUGAACCCAUGACGAAUGGUCCUGGUGAUGCCCGUCGUGACUCGGAGGUUCCUUCGUUUAAGUCAAGAGAUACUGCUGGUACUGAUCUCCAGAAUCUGCGAAAUAGUGCUACUGAACAGGGUCUUCCUGCUCCGCCCCCAAUUGGUGAUAGUGGCAGUGUUGCCCGCGAGUCGAGGUUUUCUGAGGAUCUGUGA